UAGAACAGCCAAUCCUGUUAUAUUUGUCUUUCUUAUUACUGACUUGCCAUGAUAAAUAUGGAAAAUUAUAUUUGGCUAGAAGGAGGCUGAGAAAGGGAACAGAUGGCCACCGAAAGAAUACUAGAGCAGCUAAUAGUCACUGGCAUAUUUCCGGGGUGAAAAUUUAAAUCUGAAGCCAAGCGGAAGCAUUAUCCAUUUUUUCCUGAUCAGGGCACUGUGUAUGGAACUGCUCCUGCUAUGCUCUGACUAGAUGAAGGUGGGCUUCCUGAAAUGCCUUCGUUGAAUGGAAUAAACAACUUCUAUCCUCCAGUUAACAGAUCUUGCAGUUAUGCUGACAGAAAUAGUUGACAAGUCUUCCCACGUGGAUGCUUUUUCUCAGUCUCAACUGGCUGUUCAAGAGAGAGAUCAGCUGGGAUCUAACAGAGUCUUCCAUCAGAGAGUCAGCCGUGGUGUUCUCUCCCUCUCACAUCUGGAAGGUCAAGCAAAGCAUGACUUGGCUGCAGACUCUGCAAACCCUCCCCCCUUCGAGGGCAGCCUGCCUCAAAUAGCAAAUAAGAGCUUGCAGAGUGUCCUCUCCUCUCUUCAGCAGGAAAAUGGACCUCAAGGCAAUUUUUCCCAGUUUAGCCUUCCAGACAGUCUUCCUGAAAGUGACACUAGAGCCCAGACAAAACCAUCAGAACUGGAAAGCACCAGCAACGGGGUCAAACUGCCUAUGACAGCUUCAGAAGCCUUGAAAAAUUUUAGAAACCAGUUAACAGUCUAUGAGCAAAAAGAAAUUUUCAAUUAUACAGAGCUAUGGUUUCUUGGCCUGGAAGCUAAAAAGAUUGAAGGUUUGCCUGAAACCCAGAAUAAUAAUUGUUAUGAUGAUGAGCAUGGUUCCUACUUAAAGGUUUUACAUGACCACAUUGCCUAUCGAUACGAAGUGUUGGAGGUCAUUGGGAAAGGGUCCUUUGGGCAGGUGGCCAAAUGCCUGGAUCACAAAACCAAUGAAUUAGUGGCACUGAAAAUAAUAAGGAAUAAGAAAAGAUUUCACAGCCAGGCUUUGGUGGAAGUGAAGAUCCUAGAUGCUCUCUUGAAGAAAGACAAAGAUGAUACUCACAACAUCAUCCACAUGAAGGAAUACUUCUACUUUCGCAACCACUUCUGUAUUUCCUUUGAACUGCUGGGAAUAAAUUUGUAUGAGCUGAUCAAAAAGAACAACUUCCAAGGUUUCAGUCUGUCUUUAAUCCGACACUUCACUCGGGGUGUGCUGAGAUGUUUACAAGUGCUCUACCAGGAAAGAAUCAUUCACUGUGAUCUGAAGCCUGAGAACAUUCUAUUAUACCACAACGGCCAAGGUUCAGUUAAAGUUAUUGAUUUUGGAUCAAGCUGCUAUGAAGACCAAAGAGUGUACACCUAUGUCCAGAGCCGGUUUUAUCGCUCACCCGAAGUGAUUCUUGGUCAUCCUUAUGCUAUGGCUGUUGAUAUGUGGAGCUUAGGCUGUAUCAUAGCAGAGCUUUACACAGGCUACCCACUGUUUCCAGGGGAAAAUGAGGUUGACCAGCUUGCCUGCAUCAUGGAGGUACUGGGUCUUCCACCAGCUGAUUUGAUUCAGGCUUCGUCAAGGAAGCGAACAUUCUUUGAUUCCAAAGGUUUUCCUAAAUCCGUCACUAACAGCAAGGGAAAAAAGAGAUGCCCAGACUCCAAGGAUCUAAGCACAGUGCUGAAAACCCACGAUGCUGGUUUCUUGGACUUCCUGAAAGGAUGCCUAAUGUGGGAACCCGCCCUGCGCAUGACCCCCGAUGAAGCAAUGAAACAUUCCUGGAUCCAGGAACCAAAAAUAUACCGAGCAAAGCAGAAAACACAGACCUUGAGGAAACUGAGUGAUGGCUCUUUCUCCGCAGCAGAAAAGAAAAAGGAGAAUAUUCAGAAUAUCUGGGAAGAUCCAUCUGAUCAAGUGGAAAGUGAACUGGCAGAAAGACUGACUCCCUUCACAGACACAAGAGAAAGUGAUGUGCAGAACACCAGGAAGCAUGUUAUCCCGGAGAAAUAUUUGGAAAACCAAAUGGAAAGGCCUGUUCCAUAUGAUCGAGCUGAAGACAGUGGUGAAACGGCUUUUCCAAAAACUUCUUUUUUUUUCCCACCAAUUAAGUAGUGCACAGCACAAGCUAUGACUGGCUCAGUUGCAUACCUAGUAUAUUUUGUAGGUAUUAUUUGUACUCAGGAAUAUAAGCUAUAUCUGUCUGUACAUGGGCUGUGCACAUUGUAAGUAUAUUUAAUGUUCUUUUCAGCCUGAAAUCAUCCAGCCAACCAAAACAGAAUUUGAAAACCAUUCCUUUUCCUCAUCUACAUUCUUGUGAUCAGAGAUUCUUCACAACCAGCAGCAAUAAAAUGGAGACUGUAGAGGUGGAGAGUGGCUUAUUCUUGGUAUUAUAACAGACUUUUUGAAUUUUAUAUUUUCCUGGAUCUAAAAGAACAAAUGUUUUGACUGGAGAAUCUGAAUCCUUUCACUUACAUCAGCAUAUAUCAGGAAUAAUUAAUGGAUAGAUUAUUGGAUUUACUUAUAUAUAAAAAAUAAGAGAAAUCAAACCCAGUGUAUUCACUUUCCUCCUUCUCUAUCUUCCUCUUUUCUAUAUUGCAGCUACUGCUUGGAAACCAGUUGUCACACCUUCCUAGCAGAUUUAGAAAUGUAAAUUUAGCUCUAUAGCAGCAACAAAGAAAAGUGAUAAUCUGAGCCCGUUUCUGUGGGGACUCCACUCAGUAUUCACGUCAACAAGAAGAAUGGAUUAAAGCAAGAUUUGGGGAAAUUGUCCUUCACAGGAAGUUUAAUUUCAUACUAUGAAAAUAAAAAACUCAAACCAGAUUUUUAU